UUUUGCUCAGUUUCAUUAGGGACAGGCGGGCAGAUGUGCUCGCAGUCAUGACCGAGAAAGGCUUUCGAAUAGCCAACGAGGUUAACAAGGAGGGAUGGGAGAAGGCUCAGUUCCCCAUCCUGUGCGAGACCUGCUUGGGUGACAACCCCUAUGUCCGCAUGCAGAAGGAGGACUACGGGGUGGAGUGCAAGAUUUGCGUCCGCCCCUUCACCAUCUUUCGCUGGAAAGCGGGUACCCAGGGAAGAUACAAGGCGACGGUCGUGUGUCAAAGCUGCGCGAAGGUCAAGAACGUGUGUCAGACCUGCCUGUUCGACCUGGAGUAUGGGCUGCCAGUACAGGUCCGGGACAAGUACCUGGAGGAGCUGGGCGCGAACAAGGUGGCGCUGCCACACUCGCGGGUGGGUAGGGAUUACCAGCUCCAGAACGCCCAAGCGGACAAGGAUGGCGAGGACCUGCCUUACGGCAAGGUGGGAGCGCAUCCCAUGCUGCAGAGGCUGGCGCGGAUGACGCCCUACUACAAGCGCAACGAGGCAAGGAUUUGCACCUUCUACGUGAAGGGCGCGUGCAACCGAGGACAAGACUGCCCCUUCAAGCACGAGUUGCCCAAGGGCGGCGAUUUGGCGAACCAGAAGCUGCGGGACCGUUUCCACGGAGAGAACGAUCCCCUGGCUGCGAAGAUCAUGCGAAGAGCUGAUGAGGAUCUUACCUUGAUGCCUCCAGAGGACAAGUCUAUCACGACGUUGUACCUGGGCGGCCUGCCGGCGGGCACAAAGGAGAAGGAUAUCCGCAACCAGUUCUACGUUUUUGGCGAGAUUCGCAGCAUCCGCAUGGCGCCAAAGCAGAGCUGCGCCUUCGUCACCUUCGUGAAGCGAGAGGUGGCAGAGCAAGCUGCGAUGAACACCCACAAGAUCCUGAAGAUCAACGGGAAGACAGUGAACGUCACCUGGGGACGCCCGCAGGUGAACAAGCAGCAGGAAGCCACCGCCGCGUUGGCCUCUGGGUCUGUAGCACCGGCGCAAGACACGUACCGACCUUACUACCCCUCCAUGGAUCCCUCCGCGCAGGGCAACGCGCCGCUACAGGGCGAGGUGCCUGACGAACGCUCCAUCCCCAAGUGAGCCGUGAUUUCGGCGCGGUUUUCGCCCUGGCAGGGCUGCCUGCCACAGGAUGGGAGGGGAAUGGAAUUCGACACGAGAUUCGAAGAAUCC